AGUCAGCCACCAGCCACUAAAAUUUGUUUUAUAUUUGAUUGGCGUUCUUUCGAAUUUUCUUUGCCGAAAAGAUUAGUUUAUAAAUUAAACCUAUUUGUAAUUGCUUAAUGCUUCAUUGAUUGUUCUGUUCAUCUUAAGGUUAUUUUAAACAUCUAACUGGUUUUUGAUAAUAAAAAUGCCUAGAUUGUCUAGAUUAACUUGUGCUGUGGAGGAUUGCGAGUUUAGUACAUAUGAUAGAACAAUAAAUGAAUUACGCAGAGUUCAGUUUUUUGCAUUACCAUCUGGAUUAUCUAACAGAGAUCGUAGGUCGAAGUGGAUUAAAUGGCUCAGUGAUAUCAAUGGUGAAAAUUGGGAGGUAUGUAAGUAUUCACAUGUGUGCUCUCUACACUUUAUUGGUGGGAAACCUUCAAACAUGCUUUUACAUCCUGCAUAUGCUCCAUCAAUAAAGACUCGAGAUGAUUAUACCCCAUUGGAAGAGAAGAUUGCCUUAGCAGAGUUUGAAAUAUAUAAAAAGCAAAAAAUAGCAAAUAUGAAGAAGCGAUACAAUAUGCUAAGCCUUAAUCCAAAUAAAGUUACUGGAAUUAAUCAUUGUGCAUCUCAAAACAGUUGUGCGGUAAUCCAAAAAGAUGUUGGUGUUCAAGUUUGGCAUGAAGAUAUAUCAAAACAAGACAAAUCCUUUUUAUUUGUAUGUAAUAGUUUUAUCGAUAAUAAUAAAAAUCAUGCAGAGAUUCAAGUUUAUAUUCCAGAAGGGACCGGAAGUAUGCGAUUAGUAAGAUAUAAAAAAGCCAAAAAUAAGUGUUGUGGAACUGAAGUCAAAUUUGCAAAUAAAUCUGUUGAGUGCACUGCUUCGACAUUGCUAUCAGUUAGCAGAUGGUUAUAUGGUAUUGAUAAGCUAGAACAAGAAUCUAAUGAUAGAUAGUUAUUUUACUUGUGAAUGAUCCUAGUCAACACUUUGAAUUUAAGCUAAUGCUUAAUGUCUGAGUAUUUAUAAAUCGAGGCAU